CACAAACAAGUCGGUUGUUUCCUCGCUGGCGCAGAUGUGAAUUCUUCUCGCGAGUGUUUGUUUUUGUUGUUUUGCGUGGCGUUGUCUUUAUAACAAUAACAACAAGUGAUUGCUCCUUCAAUACAAGUUGAGUUUUAGAGGCUUGACAUAUGGCUAAAACAUAAGGGUAACCCCUUUUUUUAGGCUCGAAAUUCGAGACAUCCUUGGCUUAACUUAAUUUUGGGCUAUUAUAUUGGCCACCUCCCAUUCGGUACUGCUUCUUCCUCUUAUUUUGCCUCGUUCUCGGCGCCACAAUGGUGCGGUGGAGCGCUCGGUCACGACGUCAAGCUCGCCAAGAUAAAGUGGAGCUGUUGGCCAGCAACAACAAAGUGAAUGGCGAGGACGAUACGUCCGAUAACGCUGCCUUCCGCAACUCGACGGACCUAUCUGACCACGAUGAGAUCUUCCUCAAGGGCUUACUACGUAGCAAUCCCAGCACGCCCCACAAGGAACUGAUGCUGAAUUCGACCGAGCCGCAGCCAGUGCCAUUAUUCCUGCCCGCUCAUCUGAACAACAAGCCGAUCUGCGACGACAUUAUCCGCAAGUUCUCACCCUCGAGGCGUCUGGAGUCACGAGAGCUCGCCAAGCUUCUCGCCCAACCGCAUUUUCGUGCCCUCUUGCGCGCCCACGAUGAGAUAGGUGCGCUUUACGAGCAACGACUGAAAGCUGCCGGCGGAUCCACCAGCCAACUAGAGAUCGCCAGCCAACGCCAAUCGGGUGGCUACCUGUUCACCGAGGACAUUCUCAGCACCAAGAUGCCAGUGGAGACCAUCAAGAUGGUGGGCCUGCGCCGCGAUCCCAGCAAACCCCUGGGCCUGACCGUCGAACUGGAUGAGUUCAAGCAACUGGUGGUGGCCAGGAUUCUGGCAGGCGGCGUCAUCGACAAGCAGGGCAUGCUGCAUGUGGGCGAUGUGAUUCUGGAGGUGAAUGGCACCCCAGUCCGUACGCCCGAUGACCUGCAGGUGGAGGUGUCGCGGGCCAAAGAGAAUCUCACCCUGAAGAUCGGACCCAAUGUCGAUGAGGAGAUCAAGAGCGGUCGCUACACUGUGAGUGGGGGUCAGGUAAAGCAGAAUGGCAUCGCGGGUCUCGAGACGGGCAAGAAACUGACGUGCUAUAUGCGUGCCUUGUUCACAUACAAUCCAUCGGAGGAUUCAUUGCUGCCAUGCAGGGACAUUGGUUUGCCCUUUAAAUCGGGUGAUAUUUUGCAGAUCAUUAAUGUCAAGGACCCCAACUGGUGGCAGGCUAAGAACAUUACUGCCGAAUCGGAUAAAAUUGGUCUUAUACCAUCUCAAGAACUGGAGGAGCGACGCAAAGCUUUUGUGGCCCCGGAAGCGGACUAUGUUCACAAAAUUGGCAUUUGCGGGACGAGGAUCUCGAAGCGUAAGCGAAAGACCAUGUACAGAUCGGUGGCCAAUUGUGAGUUCGACAAGGCGGAACUUUUGCUCUAUGAAGAGGUCACCCGGAUGCCUCCGUUCCGCAGGAAAACGCUGGUCCUCAUCGGCGUUUCCGGAGUGGGAAGACGAACGCUCAAGAAUCGUCUGAUCAACAGCGAUGUGGACAAGUUUGGAGCGGUAAUUCCACAUACCAGUCGUCCCAAGCGCGCCUUGGAGGAGAACGGGACAAGCUAUUGGUUCAUGGAUCGCGAGGAGAUGGAUGAGGCCGUGAAGAAUAACGAGUUCUUGGAGUACGGCGAGCACAAUGGCAAUCUGUACGGCACCCAUUUGCAGUCCAUCAAGGAUGUGAUCAAUAGCGGGCGCAUGUGCAUCCUGGAUUGUGCCCCAAAUGCCCUGAAGAUCCUGCACAACAGCCAGGAACUGAUGCCAUUUGUCAUUUUUGUGGCAGCGCCGGGCAUGGAACAGCUCAAGACGAUCUAUGCGGAUCGCCGGGCCACGGGCUCCAAUAGGAAUUUAUCAUUCGAUCGCCAGAGUUCCAUAAGAUUCAGCUCCAGACGAGCCCGUACGCUAGAGUCCCUAGCAUCGUUGUAUGAGGACGACGACCUGGUUGCCACCGUCGAGGAGAGCAGCUUUGUCCAGCGAAAAUACGAGAAAUACUUUGACAUGGUCAUCGUGAACGAGGACUUUGAUGAGACAUUCCGUCAGGUGGUGGAAACCCUCGAUCAGAUGAGCCACGAGGAGCAGUGGGUGCCUGUCAAUUGGAUCUACUAAAAACGAAACUCUAAACAUAAGCUUUUGCAUUUCGCCUUCCUGCUUAUAGAGAAAAUAUAUACAACAGAAAUCUAUUGCCUAUCAUCACAUCAAAAGGGAUUAUUCCAGUAAUUGAAGCUAGAAAAUCACAGCGCACUACAAAACUAACAAAAA